CUGUCUUCCUCCUCCUGCCCUGACGAAGGCCGCGGGUGCCCAAGGCCCGGCUGUGGAGCGGCCCUGGCUGGGCUGCGCGGGGCUCUGGGACAGCGAGCGGGACAACCGCCGCCCGCCAACCGCUCCCCCCCCCCGCCGCCACCUCACACAAAGGGGCGGCUGCGGAGCUCCCAAGUCCCCAUCUCCCGUCAGGGCCGGCCCGGUUCCCGCCGCCGGGCAGGCUCGGCCCCCGGCCCCACCGGGAGCUGCUCACCGCCCAGCCGCCAUGAGGCUGCACCCGGAGCGCCUGCCCCGGGCCUGCGGCGCCCAGCCCGCCCCUCCGGGGCCUGCAGAGAACUGCAGCCGUGCUGCUUUAUUUGUGAAAGCAGAGGAGCUGUUGGCAGAGAGAACGGCAGGUGGAGAUCCUCUGGCACAUUUUCUGAAAGGACAACUGUACUUCGAAGAGGGGUUGUAUGAAGAAGCAUUAAUACAAUUUGAAAAAAUCAAGGAUACAGAUUUUCAAGCAAUGUAUCAGCUUGGUGUAAUGCAUUAUGAUGGACUAGGCACUAAAGAAGACCCUGAAAAAGGAGUGGAAUACAUGAAGAAAAUACUCGACUCUGAUUCCCCCAAAGCAAGACACUUGAAAUUUGCAGCUGCAUACAAUCUUGGCAGAGCAUAUUAUGAAGGAUGUGGUGUUAAGCAGUCAACUAAUGAGGCUGAAAGGUUGUGGCUUAUUGCUGCAGACCAUGGGAACCCAAAAGCAAGCGUGAAGGCCCAGAGUACUUUAGGAAUGCUUUAUUCUGUGUCAGUUCCAAAAGACCUGAAGAAGGCCUUUUUCUGGCAUUCAGAAGCAUGUGGCAAUGGAAAUCUGGAAUCACAGGGUGCCCUUGGUGUUAUGUACCUUUAUGGACAAGGUCUACGUCAAAACACUAAGGCUGCUUUGGAGUGUUUGAGAGAAGCAGCAGAACGUGGAAACAUCUAUGCUCAAGGCCAUCUUGUGGAAUAUUAUUACAAUAGAAAAUUUUAUUCAACAGCUGCUGCAGUAGCCAAAAGGGCUACAGAGAAUGAUGACAUCGAUGUGCUAGCAAAGACAACUGAUUGUCUUCCCACAUACGUAGCCAAGGGGGUCGCUAUGGCUGCUUUCUACCUGGCCAGAUGCCUCCAGCUUGGCCUAGGUGUACAGCAAGAUCAGGCUGCUGCUAAAAAAUACUAUUCUAAGGCAUGCCUUCUGGAUCCUGCUGUUGCGUCUGACCUUGAACUGGCAGCUAAUCUUGGGAGAAUUUAGUGUUUCCUUUAACUGUGACUGGUAUAUAAACCAUCUUUAAUCUCCAGUAAUUAUAGACUGUUCAUCACUUACUGCUGCUUUUCAACCUUCUAUAAAUUAUUAUUAAAGCAAUUUACUGAUUCUUUUUUAUCUUGGAAAAAGAGAAAGAAGAAAGCUCACAUUCUUUCUUUAACUGAGAUGAGGCAAAGGCAGACUUUUAAAAAUGGUAUUUGAAGCCUUAAGGUUUCUUAAGGACAUUUUCCUGGGACAGAUGUCCUGUGUUUUCUUCAUGUCAUACUGCUAUAUAGCACAUGAAUCAAACCUGAAUCUAAUUAAAAUGGUUGUUUCCUUUCCUGCAUUUUUAGUACUUAAACAUUAAAUUUUAAUAUUCUGAAAAGCUUGAACCCAAAAACUUGUCUUGUUUUCACAUGCAACUCAUUCACAGGUCACAACCAUUUUUAAACCUUACCUUUCUUAGUGGUGUGUGUACUAUCUUUCACAUGCUUUCUAAUGCAUUUAGAUCUACUUACAAGUCUUAACGCAUUUUACUCUGAGAUUGCAGAGAUUCAAAGAUGGAAAUUGGCCUGUAUGACACUAAGCUUUACAGUUCAAACCAUGUCAACUUCUAAAACUAGAAAAUACUACCUACAGAAUUAUGGAAAAAAAAAAACCAAAACAGUAUGAAAACAUUCAAUAGACAUGUCCUCUGCAUAAGGCCUGUUCUCCUCAAUCCUUUUUCGUAUUGCAUUUACACUGCCUCGGUUUGUAUUAGAAAUAGCUGAACACCUUUUGGCUCUGAGUGUGUAUGCCUGAGCAAUGUUAUGCUGAAUCUUUUAUCAGAAGAUACUUUGAUUAACCACUAGUAAAUUUUACACAUUGCUACGGUAAGCUUGCACAUUUCUAAAUACCUAUUUACUUGUAUAACUUUGUAUGUGCAGAAUUUGGCUUGCUUCUUAGGACUGUGCCAUGUCUUGAGAACUUUUUAGAAACUCUGGGAACAGAAAGCUAGAUGUUACUAAAAACACUGAUUUAAAUAUAGCGCACAGACUUUAUGUACCUUACAGUAUAGCCAGUCUUAACUGCAAGCAGUUUGUCUAAGAGCACAACUGUACUGAAUGUAAAAGAAAGUAAUGAGUGUCACCUAGGGAUUUUUGAUGAUGUUUAAUUACUUAGAUGUGCAUUAAG